UUCUUAUUAAAACGUCAAUGUCAAUAUAAAAAUCAUAGACGUCAAUGUCAACAGAAAAGAAACACGUAAACAGGGAAAUCCAUUUUUUGUGAAUAACAAAUUGUUUAGUCGCAUCGUAUUUGUUAUUAACCGUGCUAAAUAACAUAAAAUAUGGCAGCAAUACCUUUGAUGUAUGCACAGGAAGAUUGCGAGCUUGGAGGCAAGGAAUCUAUUGAGGAUGAUUUCGCAUACCGCAAUAAUGUGAUGAAUGCAGACAAAGAAAUCCGGCUUGGUUUCAUACGUAAAGUGUAUGGUCUCCUCACAGUGCAGUUGUUAGCCACUGUUGCUAUUGCUGCCGUGUUCCUGCUGGUCGAGCCUGUACAGGGAUUCAUACAUCGAAAUGACUGGAUGAUAUUAGUGGCGUUUAUACUCAGUUUGGGCACGCUAUUCGCAUUGAUUGCCAAGCGUCGCGACACGCCAGCCAACCUUUACCUCCUCGCGGCCUUUACGGCGGUGCAAGCGUACACGAUCGGUGUUGUAGUGUCGUAUUACAACACUGCUGUGGUGCUGCAAGCAUUGGGACUCACGUUCGCUGUCGUGUUCUCUCUCACACUUUACACGCUUAACACCAAACGUGAUUUCUCCUUCGUUGGAUAUGGAAUCAUUGCUGGUCUCACGGUGCUCAUCAUUGGUGGUAUACUCCAGAUAUUCAUCCAGAGCUCAGCGUUCGAAAUCGCUCUGUCCUUCACUGGUGCCGUAUUCUUCGCACUGUUUCUUAUCUUCGACACGCAGCAGAUGAUGACCACCCUCUCCCCCGAGGAGUACAUCCUGGCCACAAUCAACCUGUACAUGGAUAUACUGAACCUGUUCCUGUACAUACUCCGCAUUCUGAAUGAGCUGAACAGAAAUUAAAUUGAGCGUUGUUGACAUUGGUUUAGCCGGGUCUCCUGACUCAAAAAGUAAAUAGCCAAUACCGUUAAUUAAAAAUCUUGAUAGCCAAUCAUUUAUCAUGCAUCCAUUGUAUAAAAAAAAAUCUAAUGACUUAUUUAAUGGAAUAUCAUGGUGUUCUAGGUGACCCGGCUGUGGUGUGUUGUUGGUAAAUGUCGAGAUUUCCGAUUUUGAUAUUUGUCAGUGUGAGAUAAGCACGUAUUUUGUACGCCUCACAAUAAGAGGCGAAAAGUUACUUGUAAUAUAUGCAUUGGCUUGGUGAAUCGGAUUAACAUAUUGACGCAACACCCUAUCAAUGCGGCCGCCACGUUCGGUGUUGUUUAACACCAACGUGUGGCUGUGCUACACGACUGAGACAGCGUUCAGUCAACACUUCGGUUACGUACCGAAAAAACACAACUUUCACGUGAGCCGCAACAUUAUUAGCACAUUAUAAUAUUAUCUAAUUUAGACCAAUGAAUACCGCGUGCAAUCUCUCCUAAGACGAUCGCGGUCCCCUUGGUCAUAAACUACAUUGGUUUUACAUUUAAAAUCGAUGGUCAAGAUACGUGCGGCUACCUUAUCAGUUUUAAAGUAUUAUAAAUUGUAAGUAGAUAAUUGUCUAUAAAAUAAACUUCGAACAAUGUGACUACCUACAUUACUGUGAACAGUAAACAUUUCCUGAGUAGUGUUUCUAUUUUAUAGCGUUAUCUCUUAUAGAUCUUCACGUUUUAAUCUAAUCAUAUUUGUAUUGUACCUUAUCUUGAUAUUUGCCAACAAAUGUUUUGUUUGUAAAGUUGAUAAUGAGCAUUUAUUGUUAGAACUUUUAAAUUGUGAUGGAUUUAAAAAGAUCCAUAGGAAUAUUAGCACAAAAAUUAAUGCAACACUUGAUUGUGUUUAUGAAAGCACUUAAAUGUCCACUGUGCGUAAUUUUGGAGCAAAAGUUUUUUGCACUAAAGUAUCUUAGAAUGGCUGUGAGAAGAUGUUUAUUAUAGAAAAUAUUUUUUACGCGCUAGUAUUACAGGGAACACGGUAUAUUUUUCGUUAUUUAUCAACACGGCACAGUGACUGCAACAUUAUUGAAUAUAGUAAAUGAUUUGCUGUUGA